AUGACGAACGUCGCUAUCAUCUACUACUCCAUGUACGGCCACGUCGCCAAACUGGCGUCGUCUAUCAAGGCCGGCGUGACGUCUGUCCCUGGUGUCAAGGCCAGUGACGCCGACGGCACUCUUCUGGGCUUCCCGACUCGUUUCGGAGGUCUGAUCGGCAAGCCGUGCGGCAUUUUCUUCAGCUCCGCGUCACUUGGUGGUGGCCAGGAGACCACCGCCAUGAGCAUGACCCCGUUCAUUGCUCACCAAGGUAUGACUUUCGUGCCCCUGGGAUAUCGAUCCCCACUUGUUGGCACCAACGAGGAGAUUCACGGUGGCAGUCCGUGGGGCGCUGGUACCCUCGCAAACGCGGACGGAUCACGCCAGCCAACGGACGUCGAGCUGGAGAUAGCUAAGAUUCAGGGGCAGAGCUUCGCUGAGAUUACCAAAAAGCUGUCGGUGUAG